UAUUCUUAUAUAAUACAGUAAUAAUGCUUAGAAAACCUGAUUUAUUGAAUAAGACAAGAAAAUGGUUAGUCUUUCAUCGAGGCUAUGCCAGAUUCAAUGGAAGCCAUGAAAAAUUAUCAAAGUUUGCAACUGGUAUCGCUGUGAUGACAGGAAUGGUGGGAGGAGUUGUUUAUUGUCUGGAAAAAUAUGGAAUUUCAUAUCCCGUUCAUGCAAGGUUUAAUGCUAAAAAUAUAAGAGAUGUCUGCAAUACAUACAUGGCUAAACCAGUCACAGAUAUUUAUGAACUUGAGAGAAAUGCAGAUAAAGUUUCAUCAAAGAUGGAACAUUUGAUAAUGAAGACACAAGUUGAUAUAUGCAGGGAGCUAGAGAGAUUAGAAGGAAGAAAUUUUGCCAUUGAUGAAUGGUCGAAAGAAAAUAAUACUGGUGGAGGUGUGACUUGUAUAUUGCAAGAUGGCAAGGUAUUUGAGAAGGCUGGCGUCAAUGUUUCUGUUGUUAGAGGAAGCUUAUCAGAAAAUCUAGAAAAACAAAUGAGAGCAAGAGGAAAGCAUUAUACAAGAAAAAAGGAUGGUACAUUACCGUUUGUAGCAAUGGGAGUAAGUUCAGUCAUUCAUCCAACUAAUCCACAUUGUCCAACUUUACAUUUUAAUUUUCGUUAUUUUGAAGUUGUUGAUGGAAAAGGGAAAAGAACAUGGUGGUUCGGUGGAGGAUGUGAUCUAACACCCAUGUAUCUGGUAGAAGAUGAAGUGACACAGUUCCAUAAAGCAUGGAAAAAUGCAUGUGAUAAACACGACCCCAGUUAUUAUGAGAAAUUCAAGAAAUGGUGUGAUGAUUACUUCUUCAUUAAAAUUCGUAACGAAAGAAGGGGUGUUGGUGGAAUAUUUUUUGAUGAUCUGGAAGCAGAAAAUCCCCAAGAAAUAUUUGACUUUGUUACAAGCUGUUGUGGUGCAAUAAUUCCAUCAUAUAUACCAAUCAUUGAAAGCAAUAUGAACAAAGAAUUUACGGAAGAACAAAAAGCAUGGCAACAGUUGAGAAGGGGGAGAUAUGUUGAAUUCAAUUUCAUUUAUGAUCGCGGAACGAAGUUCGGUUUUGUAACUCCUGGUGCGCGGAUUGAGAGUAUUUUAAUGUCUCUUCCUCUAACUGCAAGAUGGGAGUAUAUGCACACCCCAAAACUUGGUACACCAGAAUACGAGCUUUUAGAGGUCUUGAAAGAACCAAGAGAUUGGGUAUAAUGGUAUGUAAGCGCUGAUACCCAACAAAGCUUCUGCUUUGGGCUAGCUUGAGCUCGAAACGACUAUCCUAUGCAGUACUACAACUUUUUCUCAUGACGAGUAGUCGAUGUGAAGCUAUUAUGAUCCAAUGAGUAAGCAGUAAUUUAUUUUUUCACCAAACAGAAAAGAACACUUCAUGCAAAUAAAUAUAAUAAAGGAACUUAAAUACGGCAUUUCAGGGUGAAAAUCGCGAGAAACCAAAAAGCAGAAUCAUAAUUUACGAUUUGAGGCAAUUGGUUUGUUGUGCGGUGUCUAUUUAACAAGUAUAAACUUAUUUUGACACCAUCUAUGAGCAUAGCAGGUGGUAAAACAGAUUACAGAACCAAGAGAUCAAACACAACGUUAUGGUUUAAAACUAACUAAUUUUCAAUGAAAAAAGGUAAUGGCAAAAGAAGUGACGCUUUUUUCUCACCCGAAUAUUACAUUGUAUUCAUUUCCAAGUUUUAAACUACAAUUUCCAGUGUUUGAAUAUUAUUGCUUUGUUGCCUGUCUCUCGAUAUUUGUACGCAAUUUCUAAUCUACUGUGCUUCAUUUUGCUGCUACACAAUGAUUAUUAAACAAUCAUAAGUAAAUCUUA